CAACACAUCUCCAACUGUAACGCUACGCCAUAGUUCAUGCAUAAUGGUGAUGCCAAGCAGUGCCAAGGAAAACCUUUUAGAAACCCCCGGAAAUACCGAGUAUUUACCCACAACAAAAAUUGUCUCAGCUGUGCCCCUGGCAGUGCACCCUUUCACCCUCCAAAUUCUCCCUAAACCCUCAAACCUACGAUAAACUUCCCCUCCCCUUCCCCCAAAAAUAAUCGAUAAACAGUGAAAAAACAAUUUCCCCCGUGGUGAGCCCCUGUUCGCCCCCCCACAAGCCCUUAAAUCCUCACAAACAAAGUUGCAAAUCAUCAAUAAGUGAACCUCCCCCAUUGUUUGUAAACAUAAUUUUGUAUCGACUGCAGCCCCUCCCUCCCCCCGUUGAAAGUUCGGUUUGAUUAGAAAAGUUGAAGAAUUAAGCCACUGAAGUGAUUGUGACAAGAACAUAAUUAAAAAAAAAAUCUCAGCAUAUAAAAAUCGUGUAAUUUCGAUAAAAUGGACGACGAGGAGGGCUCAUCGAGUUCAGGACCAAUGUCAUCCCUCAACAGUCUGUUCUCUUUCACCUCCCCAGCAGUAAAAAAACUCCUGGGCUGGAAGCAGGGUGACGAGGAGGAGAAAUGGGCAGAGAAGGCAGUGGACUCCCUUGUAAAAAAACUGAAAAAACGAAAGGGAGCAAUUGAAGAGCUGGAGAGAGCCCUGAGCUGUCCAGGCACCCCCAGCAAGUGUGUGACAAUUCCCAGAAGUCUUGAUGGCAGACUUCAAGUUUCCCAUCGUAAGGGCCUACCCCACGUGAUCUACUGCCGAGUGUGGAGAUGGCCGGACCUCCAGAGCCAUCAUGAGCUCAAACCACUGGAACUGUGCCAGUAUCCAUUCUCAGCCAAGCAGAAGGAGGUCUGCAUCAAUCCCUACCAUUACAAACGCGUUGAGAGCCCAGUAUUGCCACCAGUUCUUGUCCCAAGGCACUCUGAAUUCGCUCCUGGCCACUCUCUGCUGCCAUUUCAGCAGCUACCUGAGCCCACAAUGCCUCACAAUGUCUCCUAUUCGUCGAAUGGCUUCAACAAUCAGGCUGGAUCUCCAACAGCUGUAGGGACAACUGGAAAUAGCAACAGUCUGGGGCCAACUUCACCCAUGUCCUCGGUGACGUCAGUGGCCAGUCCUGGGGGAACAAAUUCACCCAAUCCCCAGAGCCCUUAUGGCACUAAUGGACUACCAGAGACACCUCCACCUGCCUACUCACCACCUGAGGAUGGCUCACAGACUGGACAAUCACCACCACCAGAUCCCAAUGCUAUGGAUACUGGUGGAUCAACUGAGGUUGCUCCUGUUUGUUAUCAGGAACCACCUUAUUGGGCUUCUAUCGCUUAUUAUGAACUCAACUGCAGAGUUGGAGAGGUGUUUCAUUGCCAAUCCCAUUCCAUCAUCGUUGAUGGCUUCACCAAUCCCAGCAACAAUUCCGAUAGAUUCUGCCUUGGACAGCUGUCCAAUGUCAACAGAAAUUCAACAAUCGAGAACACCAGGAGGCAUAUUGGAAAAGGGGUUCAUCUUUAUUAUGUUGGGGGAGAGGUAUAUGCUGAGUGCUUAUCUGAUUCCGCCAUUUUUGUACAGUCCAGAAACUGUAAUCAUCAUCAUGGCUUUCAUCCAAGCACUGUCUGCAAAAUUCCUCCUGGAUGCUCACUCAAGAUCUUUAACAAUCAAGAGUUUGCACAGUUACUGUCGCAGAGUGUCAAUCAUGGAUUUGAGGCUGUCUAUGAGCUGACAAAGAUGUGUACCAUCAGGAUGUCAUUCGUAAAGGGCUGGGGUGCCGAGUACCACAGACAGGACGUGACUUCCACUCCCUGCUGGAUAGAAGCUCACCUACAUGGACCACUGCAAUGGCUGGACAAAGUCCUCACGCAAAUGGGGUCGCCACACAACGCCAUAAGUUCUGUUUCAUAGACUCUUUGAGGGAAGGAACUUGUUACAUGUUUGUUCAAUGAGGAAAAACUAUAGAUUAGCCACGUAGAUGCACGCUACAGCGUAACUCACGAUAUACGUAAGGGAAUUUAUCGUUAACUUGUGAGAGAUGAUAACAAUUUUCAGUUGAGGAUUCGUGUCAUUUCGGUUUUUGGAGGGAAAGGGCCUAAUGAGUGAAAAUGAUGACUUAGCAGAGAUGAAAAAUGAAGAGGAAUUGCAAAGUAAAAUAGUUUGGGAAGAAAUAAUAUUUUUAAUACCAUUAGAAGUAUAAAAAUCCACAUAAAGUAGAAUGGAACAGAAUGGGAUGUCAUUAAUCUUUGAUAUUUUGAGAUUGGUACAGUAAAAAAUGAGGGUUCUUUUUCAUUUUGAAGAUCUGUUUUUAAGCUUUGAAAUGACUGAAAAUUAUUCAAUUUCGCUCGGCCAUUGCUGAGGUAUUGAUCAUCGAAGACGUUCAACGAAGUCAAUCGCAAAUAUCGUAAGACUACGGUUUCCAAAUUAUUGGACAUUAAUGAAGGCCCAUGCUGCUCUGCUGUCCACUGUUACGAUUAUUAACUGUUCAUUAAGAAAACCAACACAUGAAAGGUCUCAAAAAUCCAAAUCACGACUUCGGUUAAAAUUUGAUUCCUCAAACUAAAAUAUAAACUGCACAAUAUUCCACUCUCACGAGUUGACGUACCCCAUGAAUCUAGUGUUAUAAGUGACGAGACUGAAAUGUCACGUAAACGUGAAUGGCGAAAAGUUGACGAACUCCAUUGGUAAAACUAAUCACGAGUGACAGUUGCCUGCAUAAAAAAUGGUUGUCGUAAGCUUGAGCCAGUGCUACGCAAUAUUAAAAUAAAGAAUAAAGGAAUGAUAUGCAGAUAAAAGUAUCUCCAGAGUGAAAAUGUCCAGAGAUAAAUGAUUUAAUGAAAUAACGAAUUGUAGUCAAUACUGUUAAGUGAAAAUAAUUAAUCGUUCUGGAGAUUAUCUCGAGAAAAUAUUUUUCAAAUUUUAUGAAUAACGACAGUACAGUCAGUUGAAAAAGUUCGUGAAUGAGCUGAAGUUGAUUGCAAAUGGUGGUUCUAUGAAAUGCACAAUCGGUCAAAUAAGUUUAUAAAAGACUUGAAGUUGACCCCACAUUAAAAAGCGAAACUGGACUCAGUGCUUUCAGCUGCAGUUAACUUCAAAUCGUGUGUCAAUUCGUUUGGCCCAUUACGUUUAACGUGUCUGUUAGCAACUUCCGUUCAUUUACGAACUAUUUUUGACAGUGUAAUAAAUUCGUAGAACACUUGAAGGUGGCUGUAAGAGGCAAUCGAAUCAAAGGCCAAGGCUUUCAGAGGCAGCCAACUUCAAGACAUCCACAAAUUUAUUUGGCUGACUGCAUUCCACGUUGUCAAACAUUAAUGUGCAAUGACUAAUCGUUCAAAAUUUACGAAUUGUUUUUUGUAGAAAAACAAUUAAUGUUAUGAUAGUGUCUUAAUGUGAAGAAAGUGUCUUAAUGAAAGUAUUAAGAAUGUAAUUGGCAAAUGAUACUUAUGUUGAUCCGUGAAUCUCACUGUAAUAUUUCAUCGAGUGUAUCGACAAGUGAUUGAACCAUUUCGAAGCAUUUGGUAUGUCCGAUGUCCAUUGAUUUUCCAACAAUUGUUUACUGAUAUUUUUUAGCUUGACUCGUGUGAAAGGAAAUUACCAGAAAAACCUAGCAAAUUUGAUAAGGGAAUUUUCACUUUUUCGUGCCGCUCUGAGAAUUCUGUCAAUAUUUCCCAUUGUUUCAUGCCAAUAGAUUUUUUUCUUCAGACAUUAUUGAACGUAAAUUGUCAUUUUUUUCUAGUUUUUUUACAUAAAAAAUACAUAGAAAUGAAACUGGGAACAGGUUUUCCUGGUGAAUUUUUUUGAUACAUUGACCGUCCAUAAUUGAAGACAGUUUUACAGAAACUUGAUACAUCUUAUUGAUAACUGCUUGAUAACAAUUUUGACAAUAUGUACAUGCGCCUUUGACAUACGUCACACUGAUACCAUUUUAAUCUACGAUUUAUAUUUUGGGUUCUUUGAUAGAAUUUACUGUAUAAGAAUAAAUACAAUAUAUUUACAAAUAUUUACAGAUAUAAAUGAGGGAAUUGUGGAUGUCACGGGGGUUCAGUGAAAUAUCAUCGGAAUAUUUCCCAAAAGCACAAAAUUGAGUGAGUAAAGAAGAAUUAAGGGUGAAAAAGGAAAGUGUCAAGGGGAUUUUGACAUUAUUUUUUUAUUGUUUAGUGGUUAGGUCUUGCCUGUGACAUCCUCAACAUUCGCAGCGAAUAUUUUCAAAAUACUAUUAAUGAAGAAAAAAAAUGAUAAAAGAAAGGGAGAGUGGGGCAAAUUGGAGCGUCGAUAUCUUGGGAUCGGCUGAGUGAAAUGCAAUAAAUUUCCUCCAUUUUAAAGGUCUGUUUGUAGGCUUUGAACUGAAAAAAAAAUCAUUCGAAUUCUCUCAGUAGAUUUCAAGAUAUGAACCUUUGAAGAUCUCCCAUUGUGUCCCUCUCUCCUCUAAAUAAAUAAAGCCUGAUCUCAUGGUGGUCCUAAAAUUAAUUGAUUUAAUUGCACUGGAGGUGCAGAAUUAUGUGGAGAAAACGAUAGUGCCGUUAAUUACGACCAGUCAACUGUUGCAAUAAAUGCUGUGCAAUUGCUGGUGAGAGUAAUUACCUGUGAAUAAUGCCUUGCUUUAUGUAUAUUACAAGUACAUGCCAAAAUUGGCAAGUUAGUGUACGAACAUGAGUGUCUAUGCUGGUAUGCAAUGUAUGACUCGAUGUGGAGAAGAGUUGAGGAAUGAAGGGUGUUUUUUCAAGGAGUGAGUGUUCAGGAAGAUGAGGGAAUUGUUUACCUUUAGGUAUGAUUAUUAGUCGGGUCUACAAGUGGGUUCAGUGGAACAUUUCCUAUUUACUCGUAAUAAAAAUUAUGGAUUAAGUAUCAAUAA